AUGUCUAAUCCGAAAUCUAAUCAGAUUAUGACUUCAAUUUCAGACUCCAAGUGCUUAAAAAAGUUGUUUAAAGAUACAGGAUUGCUGGUUACUCCAGAAAUUAAAGCACCCACGAAAAAUUACACUACUCAAAAGAAAAAGCAAAACGUUGUUGUUUCCUCGGAUUCCUCGGAAUCAGAAGAGGAAGUCCAAUAUGCGGAUUCGGAAGAUGAUAUGGAUCCAGAAGAAGAUGUGGAUUGUCCCUUCUGCUUGGAAUCAUUUUCUUCAGAUAAAGCAGGAGAAAAAUGGGAAUUUUCUCUCACUGAACCACCUCUUUUAAAACAAGUAUCUGAAGACGAUUUGCAAGAAAUUGUUAAAGACUACUCCAAUUAUUUGGUCAUUACGGAAAUAAUGCAGCUCCCUUGUCACACUCAAGCUAUAGUAAGGGCAGUUAAACUUGUGACAGUCUUCUUUAUUAGUGACUGA